GAUAUAAAUAGAAAAACAUUAAUUUCUCGCGCGAACACAUUUUACACAAAACUGAUAUCAAGUUCUGUGAACUCUGUGUGAACUCACUAGCCGCUGUGAUCUAAUUAUAAAAAAAGAAUUUAUAAGGGAUAUUUAUAGAAAAAGCACUGAACAGUAAAGAUAUGGCAUAUCUGUAUGUAUGGUCACCAAACGAUGACAGCUGGGGACAUGCUUCACUGUUAUUGGAAAUAAGCCAGGUUUAUAUCAGCUGGUGGCCUAAAGACGACAAAUCAAAAUAUAAAAAGAAGAAAAAGAAGGUAGACGCUAAAGACGAGUUACCUGAUAGUUAUGACGAGGAUGUCGACGAUUACAAUGGUAGAGAAGCAACUCACAAGUUUUAUAUCAACGAAAACAAAAUCAAGGCGAACACUGUCGAGGAAUGGUGGAGACGAACAAAAGGGAGAGGAGGCUAUCAUCUUUUUGGUCGCAAUUGUUGUGAUGUUGUUUACGCUGCAUUGGAAGUUGGAGGUUGCUACGAUUGGGUUCAUCCGGGAGUUAAAGUAGUUUCCACUCCGAGGCACAUGAUUCGCUAUGGCCAAGCCUUAGAGAACGCAGAAGAAAAAGACGGAAAUCCAUUCCGAGGUUUUGUAAUCCGAUAAUGUGAAAUUAAACAAACUGUUUAAAUAAAAAAAAAACUUUUAUGUUGAACAUGUCGAAGCGUAAUUGUUAGUUUCACUUUCUAAACUUUAUGAUUGAUGCUGAGCUAUUGUCCUACCCAAGACAAAUUUGGACAAUCUCUCUUGCUUAAAAUACGAUACAAAAUUAAUUCAGGUUACAAAUAUUAGUGUUUGUAUGUUGUUUCAAUAGGGCAUUGUAAUUAUAGUCUAGUCUUUUUUUGAAAUUAAAGAAA